UAGUUGUAGUCUGUGAUGUGAUUUUUAGGCAAAGAUACGUUUUGCUUUUGUGAUUUGUUUGUUUAUUUAUUUUAUCUAACUAAAAUUUGAAACCCGUGUUUAGAAGUGCAUAAAAACUUCAGAAAGUUUAGCUUAAUUAGUGACAAUUGUGUAAAUUACUCAAAAAAUGACAGAAGUAUACAAGCACAUACAUCCCUCCAAAUAUUUUAAUGAUUAUAUUAACCAAGACGUUCGUCCAGACGGUAGAGAUUUCGACCAGCAACGUGAUGUUAUUAUCAACAUUAAUGGAAUAACCUCGGCGGAUGCCUCCGCGAUUGUGAAAUGUGGGAAUACUACGGUUGUUUGUGGUAUCAAGUUGGAACUAGCAAGACCCAAAGCUGAGGAACCUGAUAUAGGGUUUCUAAUAUCUAAUGUAGAACUUUUGCCUCUAUGCUCGUCAAAGUUCCGCCCAGGACCCCCUUCAGACUAUGCUCAAGUCAUCAGCAAUAUAGUAUCAGAUAUUGUGAUAAAUUCAAAAUGUGUUGAUUUAAAAGAUCUAUGUGUUGUAACUGACAAACUUGCUUGGGUUAUAUACUGUGACUUGGUCUGCUUGGAUUAUGAUGGUAGCAUUGUGGACGCCUGUAUCAUUGCUUUAAUUACAAGUUUGAAAACAUUAUCUUUACCAACUGUGACUUAUGAUAAUGAAACAGAAGAAGUCAAAGUGGAUACUGGUGUAAAAAUACCUCUGCAAGUACAUGGUUUACCAGUUGCCACUAGUUUUGGUAUUUAUCAUAAAUUGCCAAGGAACAUUAUAUUGGCCGACCCAUCAGCUUAUGAAGAGGAAAUGUGUGGUGGUAUUGGAGCUAACCUUAUUGUAUGUUGGAACAAGGGACUUUUCUGUGGAAUACAAAAAUUUGGUGGCUGCAAUCUGUCGACAGAAGAUGAAAAGCGAACAAUAUCCUUAGCUAAACAAAGAUGUAAACUUGUUGAACAAGUAAUUGAAACCUGUAUAAAAAAUGGAGAAGUAAAAUGAAAUUUUUUGGUA